AUGGAGAAGAGACAAAGAAGAGGAAGAAGAAAAGAUCAGAUGAAGAAGAGGAAGAAAAAAGAGAAGACAAGAACAGGAAGAAGAGAAAACAAAGAAGAUGAAGAAGAGAGGAAGAAGAGGAAGAACAUGAAGAGGAGACAAAGAAGAGGAAGAAGAGGAAGAGGAGACCAAGAAGGGGAAGAAGAGAAAACAAAGAAAGAAGAUGAAGAAGAGACAAAGAAGAGGAAGAACAUGAAGAGGAGACAAAGAACAGGAAGGGGAGACAAAGAAGAGGAAGAAGAAAAGAGAAGAGACAAAGAAGAGGAAGAACAUGAAGAGGAGACAAAGAAGAGGAGACAAAGAAGAGGAAGAAGAAAAGAUAAGACGAAGAAGAAGGAAAGAGAAGGCAAAGAACAGGAAGAAGAGAAAACAAAGAAAGAUGAAGAGACAAAGAAGAAAAGAGAAGACGAAGAUGAAAAGAGAAGACAAAGAAAGGAAGAUGAAAAUAGAAGACAAAGAAAGGAAGAUGAUGAAGAGAAGACAAAGAAGAGGAAGAUGAUGAAGAGAAGACAAAGAAGAGGAAGAAGAGGAAGGGACAUGAAGAAAAAGCAGAAGGAAAAGACAAAGAGUUGA